ACAGCACACGGAUACAUUCUUCUCUAAAAAUGCAAUAUUAGUGCCCUAAAGUUAAAUGUUUCAAGUAUUAAAUCCAAAUUAUUCCAUCGCGAUGCUUUUAAUAAUUCAUUGCUUUUCUUUUAAAAAUAAAACAAAGUAAAAAAUAUUGUGAUUAUUAUAUAAUCCACUUAAUCAUUUAUACUUAAUUUUAAUAAAUAAUUGUGUGGUAUUAAAUUAAAGUGUCGCAAAUAUCUGAAAUGAGAAAUUCAAAUAAUAUCUAUGCGUGAGUGAUAAUUUUACACCGGCACUGAACAUAACAUGUGUUGCGCGUAUAUAAAAGGAUAUAUAUACGUUUUUACAUAUAUUCGAUAUAUUAAGAUCUUAUGUCUAAUGCGUGAGACAUAUAGUGAAAGAUUCAAGUGUUUGGAAUAUCGCAGUUAAUUAAAAACAAUUUUCAGCAUUGUAUCAUGUCAAAUGUCUACAGAAUCUGGAUAGUAGUCCAAUAAAUGGUUUGCAUCUGGCUCUUCUCGCAAAUAAACCAUUAAUCCAUUAAUUAAAAUUCAAUAAACAGGUACAUUGCAUCGUACAUGACAAUACUGAUACGAUGCAUCGUAUAUGACGCAAGCUGUUAUACGCUCUAUGCUCAGCGCAAUUUUGUCGUAUUCUGCUUCUCUUCUCAUUGAUGACACCGAUUGCAGACAAGUUUAAAUUUAUACGCAAGGAUGUUCGUUGAAAACCAAAGCACAAUAAUACAAGAAAAUGUGACUAGUAUAAUUUUACAAGACAUCCAACGAUAUUACACGCCGAUUCUUGUACAUUUGGGUCUGCUGGGCAACUGCUUAUCCGUAUGCGUGUUCUUUGGUACGAAGCUGCGUUAUUUCUCAUCCAGUAUUUAUUUGGGCGCGCUGGCAAUAAGCGACGCUAUCUUCCUGGUGACAGUCUUUGUAGUCUGGCUCGCUAUGGUGGAAAUAGAUCUGUUCAAUCGAUGGGGAUUCAACCAAUUCUUCAUUUAUAUCAGCACUCUCUGCAGUUUUCUCAGCGUAUGGCUCAUAGUGGCCUUUACCGUCGAAAGAUAUGUGGCGGUCAGGUGGCCACUUCGUCGUCAGUCUUUAUGUACGGUUGCUCGAGCAAAAACGGCAGUGAUCAGUCUGACAAUAUUAGCGAUUUUGGUGUGCAGUCCGGUACUCCUGUUCUCUAGGUCCAAUAAGAAUACGAAUGGCUGUGACUUAGACAGUAAUUGGGAAUCCUGGGCAAACGCCUACAAUAACUUCGACACAGUCAUGACGUUCGCUUUGCCCCUGACCAUGAUAGUGAUCUUCAAUACUCUGAUAGCGCGCAAUAUUUACAAGUUUGACCAUGUCCGACGAACUUUGACUAUAGAAUCCAACGCUUCCAACGAUAAAACUCAGACUCUUCGAGAUAGAAUGCCACAGACUAAGGUUACAAAAAUGCUUCUGCUCGUUUCGAGCACAUUCUUCUGUCUUAAUAUGCCAUCGUUCGUCCUCAGAGUAAUCGCUUUUCUUUACGACUGUAACAAAUCACCAAUAUGGCUCUCUCUCGCGCAACAAAUGUGCAAUCUGUUAUUCGAUACAAGUUUCGGAAUAAACUUUAUUUUUUAUUGCGCCAGCGGACAGAAUUUUCGCAGAGCGAUGGUCGACAUGUUUAUAAAACGUUCAAAUACUAGAAGAAGCGGAACUCUUAUACAGAUGGCGAGCCAUGGAAAACAGUAUGUUUCAGAAUUUCAGAAUUCACGCGUAGAUGUAAUUCAACAAAACAAUCACAUUUUGACAAUGCACAACAAAAAAAUUGUCAGGAAAUGCAAAAGCUCUCAAUAAAUAAAGGAUUGUGAUACAACAAAAAAUUCGUUUCAUUACAAUUAACUGACUAAAUCAUGUGUUAAAAGUAAAUAGUUAAAAACUGAUAUAUUAUAGAGCACAGAUAUAUACAGUAUAGUAUAAUACAGAAGAAUAAGUU